GAUUCAAAGCAGCGAUUCAUUCACGAUCCCGAGGAAGGAGAUGAUACUUCCGCCAUCCUGAGCCAUGGCUGCUGCUACCCGCAAGAAAGCCCUGAGAUUUUUCUCUCAGUUCGGAGCUUUUAUCCUGACCCGGUUCGGCUUCUGGAACUGCUUCAGCAUGUUGAUGCUGUUCGCGGAGCGAGCGGACGUGAAACGGAAGCCAGACAUCCAGGUGCCUUACCUGUACGUGGAUUUAGGAGCUGCAGUGUUGUGUGCCAGUUUCAUGUCCUUUGGGGUGAAGAGAAGAUGGUUCUCUCUGGCCGCUGCCAUUCAUUUGGCCCUCAGCUCAUACGUGUCCUAUGUGGGUGGACAGGUCCAUUAUGCAGACUGGUUGAAGGUGAGGAUGUACUCCAGAGCCAUGGCCAUCAUAGGAGGGUUUCUGGUGCUGGCCAGUGGAGCAGGAGAGGUUUACAGACAGAAACCUCGCACACGCUCACUGCAGUCCACCGGACAGGUCUUCCUGGGGAUUUACUUGAUAUGUAUGUUAUGGAAAACCUAG